AUCUUUCGCUUCUGCAUACGUCAAACGAGCGUUUGUCAAAAAGCUUCUAAAUUGUUUUGGAAACUUUCCAAACUUUCCUACCGAAAGCAGUCGAUUUGUCGUGUUAUUUGUGCGUGCAAGAUGUCGAAAAAACCGACUACGGGCCCGGCCCUGCAUAAAGUUAUCAUGGUGGGUAGCGGUGGUGUGGGCAAAUCCGCACUAACGCUACAGUUCAUGUACGACGAGUUCGUGGAGGAUUACGAACCAACGAAAGCAGACAGCUACCGUAAAAAGGUGGUACUGGAUGGGGAGGAAGUCCAAAUCGAUAUCCUCGAUACGGCGGGCCAGGAAGACUAUGCCGCAAUCCGGGACAACUACUUCCGCAGUGGAGAAGGCUUCCUAUGUGUGUUUUCCAUCACGGAAGACGACAGCUUUCAAGCGACUCAGGAAUUCCGGGAACAAAUAUUACGUGUGAAGAACGAUGAAAAUAUUCCAUUUCUGCUGGUGGGCAAUAAAUGCGAUUUGAAUGACAAACGGAAGGUACCGCUAUCGGAGUGUCAAUCCCGUGCCCAACAGUGGGGUGUGCCAUACGUUGAAACAUCGGCUAAAACACGCGAAAAUGUGGACAAGGUGUUCUUUGAUCUGAUGCGUCAGAUACGCUCACGAAAGACGGAAGAUUCCAAGACAACAAACGGUCGCGUUAAAGACAAAUCCAAGCGGCGAAAAAUCAAAUGUAUGCCAUUAUAGAGCCGAACCGUCGGCAUCAUCAUCCCGCACGGUGUGGAAGCUUCUCGGUGGAAGCAUUACAAACUGUAGUAACCACCACAAAACACAGGGCAUACGGCCGUGCUUACAAGUGGGCAAAAUACUCACCCAUCAUACUUCAGGAAUCACAUACAAACAGUACGAAACAAAACCGGACAGGCCGGACGGCUCGGAUACGGGAGCAGGCGCUUGAUUACACGGUGAUUGUGUUACGGAAUGUGUUAUGUUCGGGUUUUUGUUUUGUUUUGUUCUAUUGUAGCAGUAUGGUCUCGCGUCAGCAGAAACAUAACAUGGUACCACACUAAGCAUACAACAUACACACACACAUAUACAAAGGCAUCGCUAUUUAGUUACAUUAUUACGUUAAGGGAAAAAGGAUAAGUUCCGGUACAAUCCACGCGAAGGAUAGGAAUCGAACAGAGGGAAGCUUCUACUCUCAGUGCCGUAGUGUAACGCGACAAAGAAGGAGAAGGUUUUGGAGUACACUUGUCCUAUCCAUCCGGUGGGCGGGGUUUUUUUUGUAGGCUUAGUUAUUUAAUGUAACUUUUUUCUCGUACAUCUUCCGUAGGCUACCAUUACGAUGUACUGUUUGUUUGUUUUAAAUGCUACACUGUUCCCUCAGUGUGUUUAUAAGUGUAAGGAUAAGGGUUUGAAACCAGAAGCCGCAAAAAAAAAACAUACAGACGAAAACAGACGAAAGAAUGAAUGUUUAAUCGAAUGUUUUAUGUACCUCUGCUCAUUAUCCAUAAUCCACUGCUACAAGAUGCAAAUGUGAUGAGCUGUGAAUAUACUCGAUCAAUCGCUCGCGCUCUCUCUUUCUCAUACACUCUCUGUAACGCUUUCCCUAUAUGCACGUGCUUCUUCGGCAAAUUCCAAUUUAAAUGGCAUUGCAUUUUGCAAAAAACAAAAAAAAACGUUUCGCUGACUAACUGUACCGUUUCCGGGUGCUGCAAAGAAAUACAGAAAUGCGUAACGCAUUAACUGUUUGCUCCAUGGUAAUCGGUACCGGUCUCACUUUGUCACGAUUCACACGCUUCUGUGCGAUGUUUGGCCCUGGGUUUGUUUUUUGUAAUGAAACAGUUGGCAUUCAACACGAUUCUGUUUAACCAUACGCAUUAAAUUCACGAUUCACGGCCGGCAUAUGUGUCAUGUUGCUGUUGUUAACAAACUAAUAUAAUAAUAAAAAAAGAAACACUCACGCAAAUAUCAGGGACGGAUUUACUCCUAUCAAAGCAUAAGCUUUUAUGAUUCUAUUAUGUACGCAAAAACGCAAAAUGGAGAGAAAAAAAUAAUGCUUUAGUAAUUUUAAAUAUUUUAAAUGUUUAUGCAAAAACUGUGUGUGUGCGUGCGUGUUUGUGAUUUUUGUUUUGUUUGUUUUGUUGUGAACAUAAUUGUUUAAUCUCCAUUUUCGAUUCUCUGCCUUUCCUUUCCAUUAUGUUUUUUUUGUAACAAAACCAUAUUUUUUCCUUUACAUUACGGCGCGGAUUUUCGCGGCUCCACGAUCUCUCUUUCGGGUAUUGUUCGGGGGAGAACAUUUUUUGCGUGUGUGUGCAGAUCUUUUACGAUCUGAUACGGGACAUCUCGAACAGAAAGAAACAAAGCCAAAGCACGGUCCCGCAGCCAAACCGGGACAAGAAGGGCUGCUGUCGGAUCCUUUGAACAGAAGCACGGAAAGGACAUCCUUCCUCAGGCUCCCCCAUCCCGCCCAGCCCUCUCCAUCUAUUUAACGUACUCUCUCCCUCUCUCUCUCUC